AUGGCUUUCAAAGCAAAGAAUUUCCAGUUUAGCUACGACGAGAAUGGCGACAGCAAUGGCAUGCCGUUAAUAACUUUAGAAGUAAUGUCAGAGUGCUCUAACAUCGAGCUCUGUCCCGACGGCAACUCGUCCAGCGAUGCGCCCUCCACCGCGCCUGAUCCCGACUUGCAAGAUCCCGAUCUACACUUUUUAACUAUUAAAAAAUGUCAAACUGAUGACAUUUCUGACAAUGAAAACUUAGAUGACAAGGAACAAGAGGCAAAUGAAAACUCAAUGUCCAGAAACGAGCUCCUGGAGUACAUGACUCGGAACGACGGCAGCGUAGUAUGCAAGCUGUGCGGCGAGAUCCUGCAAAGCCGGACGCAUUGGUACAGACACAAAUAUAAACGGCAUGUUAUCCAGCCCUUGAAUCCAGCGCCACUCUUCCAAUGUGAACAAUGUCUCGUGUUCUUUAAAAGCAGGAAAGGCUACAUUGGGCACCUAUCAAGCAGACAUAGUGAAAUUGUGACCGACCCAAGUCCCGUGAUAACCAGAACUGUGUCCGAGGUACCGGAGAAGCUGCCCAUGGUCCCCGUGGUGGUGAAGCGCGAGCCGGGGGCGGAGGCUGCCCCGCCCCCCCCCGCCUGCCAACAACCUGUUAAACAGACAUCGAUUAAAACUGAAUCAAACAGAUCAAAUAAGGUUAACAGAGACAAUCGAAAUAAAGAAGAUUGGGAAGAGAAGCGGUAUAGAGAGGAGAAGUUGGUGGCAGACAUCAUAGACCGCGUCAAGAGAGAAUGUGAAGCGCAGGGGGGCAACGGCGGCGCACGGCGCGGCUACACGCGGCGCACCACCGUCAUGCACACGUAGCUGUCUCGCGCCCGGCCCGCCACAACGCCACCCUCGACGUAAACCUACUGUCAUCUGUAAUGCCGGCUGUACACACUCGUCGAGAGCCUCUCUCCGAGUCUCGGCACCGCUCCGAUCCAAUCGGAGAAGCGUGAGACGAGACAAGGAAGAGCGAGACGAGAAGGGUGCAGCAUGUACACACUCAUUGUCGGCCUGUCUCGGGGUCUCUCGACGAGUGUGAACAGCCCGCAUAGCGAUGAUGUCAGGACUCAGGACGGUUGGUUGCCGUACCUGAUGUUGUUGAAAGGAACGCUACCAGGCCACCACGCCGCCGACUGUCAUCGUCGACAAUCCCUGUAGGCACUAGUUUGAAUAGGGCCUAAUUGUAUAACUACCUAAGUUCCUUAUAUGUAUAGGUGUCGAUCGGCAUCGUAAAAAUAUUUCUUACCAUUUUACGGUAAUAACUAGUACCUUGUGCAACAAACCUGACCUGAACCUGAAACCUGACAGUGAAUAUGGAAGAUGGAAUUUUAUUAUUCGAGUUAACAGAGGAAAGGGGACGACUACUUCUCCAUACAAACGUAGUCCCCAUUUUCCUCUCUUGAUAUUAACAUUAUAGAAAGUACGUUUACACAAUUUGAUGUAUAUUGUUCAUAGAUAUGCCCCUUCGUAUGACUUUU